AUGACCGACGAUUCAUUUGAUUCAUCAUCAUCUACAUCAGCAACUGAGAGUGGUUGCCAGGGAUAUGGGAAAGAGGAAAUGGAAAGGGGAUAUAAUGGUGAGGGAAGAAUUCAAGGCGGGAUAUCUACAGUGCCUGGUUUUGGUUGGUGGCCAAUCAAGACUUACAGACCUUGUCACAGUUACGUGGCAACUGGUGGUCGCUACUGGAGGACUGGUCAGAGCAUGGAUGAAAUCGGUUUUGGCAGAGGCUUGAAAUUAUCAUUGGGGCGUGAAGAUGGGCUAGAUGGGAUAAUGAUUAAACCGGUCUUGGAUGUUGGUGUAACGGAGACGGCGGCCAUGGAUGUGUUCAGUGACUACAUAGGUGACGUCUAUAUCGGCGAGGCAGAAGAGGUGUUCCAAAAUCCAAUUGGCGGCGAGGUGAGAAAAUGGGGUUGA